ACUGCCUUUACAGAUGUCACUGUACAGGCCAUUGCGUCCAUCUGGCCUAAUGCUACGAGCACACCUGCUGCGACAAGCAACAAUCGACCCAUUGCCAACCUAAACACUUUUCUACACCACAUUUUGAAACAUUCCCGCACGACCCAUUCCACCUUGCAACUUGCGAUAUUUUAUCUGUUCCGCAUCCGUCCGAGAGUGCUGGAACGCCGCAACGACGACGUCUACAUUUCGUGUGGCCGACGCAUGUUCCUUGCAGCCCUGAUCUGUGCGCACAAGUUCCUUCAGGACAAGACGUACAAGAACUCGGCCUGGAGCAAAGUCAGCGGCCUCAGUGUUCCCGAAAUCAAUCAUGCCGAACGAGUCAUGCUUCAGCUAUUAGAUUGGUCGCUCUAUGUCAAGAAGGACACGUACGACCAAUGGAUCCUCAUGCUGCAGAACCAUCUCAAGUUCCGUGUACCUACUCCUGUCACCCAUAGUAGUACUAGUAGUAGUAGUAGUACCCAU